AUGACCCGCCACAAUCUCGGCGAGCAUCUGCCCUGGCUGCUGAGCUCCUUUGCGCGAUUCCCGCCCUCGGGACCGCAACUGCCUGCCGCCUCCGCCUCUGACGAGCCGGACAAUGCUUCGUCUUCGAUCUUUUCUCUCAACUCCCAUUCUGUGCCUCUUCCCACAACCCGGCCAAUUUCCCUUUCCCAACCACCCACCGCCAAUGAAGGCCAAUUCCCACCCAGACAUCCAGAAGCUGCUGCUAACGAGGUAGUCAUGAUGGAAGAGGGGACAACCAAAUUCUCUCUUGACAACCUUGUCUCCAAACCGCCGUCCUUGGCUACCAAGCAGUUGCCACUACCGACCCCGACGUCUACAACUGCUACCACCCCAAUUGGUCCACUCCAGCGCGCAUACUCGGCGUCGCUCGCCCGCGACUCUAAUUUUGCUACACCUCACCCAAGCAAGAAAAAAGUCACCCCACUGCCGUCUCGUCCCGACACCUGGGCCCCUUCCUCCCCAGCUCGGCCCCCCGAACUUCAAUUGGACAACCUUAGAGAACUGUGUUCCGACCCGCUCGACUUAACAGAGGCUGACACCCACGACGGGUCAAGCUCGGUACUGGCCUUUGGGGAGGAUCGGAGGUUGUGGCACGAGGAUUUUGCCGAACGACCAGAGCCUGUAUCGAGUCGAAGAAGCAAACCGAGGAGUGAGGCAAGCUACGAGAGACUUGGUGUGCUCAAAGGGAAGACUGAAGGCGAGGUUGGCACCGACCGUGACGAAUUUCCAGACAUUGACGACCUUAUUCUUCCCUCGUCGGCUCACAAGUGGACUGCCAGCCAUCACUCGCUGGCAUCCUCUAUGAACCAUAGUCACAAGGCAAUUGGCCUUGCACGCGCUAUCACUACUCCGGCUGCCCAUUCCGAUAUUUCGUCAUCGCAUCGCAAACGCAAGACAUCACCGCCACCCAGCUUCCAAGACGCCGAUAGCGUGCAAAUCGAACCACCUGCCGUGGAGUCCAAAACCAUUUCAAGGACCAAGAGGGUGAGGCGGUCUGACGUGGUUUCGGAUUCCGAGGACGAAUUCAUGAGUCCACUCACACAUCAAUCAGUCUUGGAAGCUGAAGUAAGCCCGAGUCCCAGCUCACGCGUGAGGCAUCAGGCGCCUAAUCAGGACGACGGUAUGGAUGUCGAAAUGCCGUGCCCUCCGCUUGAGAUGCCGCCACCCAAAAGUGCGGCGGCAGCUCACUCAGGGGAUCCUCCGCUAUCAUCUGAAAGCAAAGAUCGGACCUUUUUCUCUUGUGCUAAUAGCACUAACGGGGCGCCUUCAGACCAAGCACAGCCCUCACAGGAAACCAAUCCCCAAAAAAACUUGCACCCCUCAUCGGGCUCUGAACCUGCGCGGGACCAGCAUCUUCUGACCUUGUUCCUCAAACGCCCAUCGGUAUUGGAUAACAAGUUACUCCUUGUUGAUGACCAGUUGCGCAGAAACAAGGACGAAUUCAAAAAAUGUCUCGAUGAGAAUGCACCAAAGGAGGAGCGCGAGCGGGUAAAGAACGCCCGGGGACCUUUGCUAAAGACGCAGAAAGCUCUGAAAACCUGUAUGGCCGAAUACCACAGCUAUAAAGAGCUAAGCGACAAACGAGAGGCCCUUGUGGCCUCCCUCACAGAUGCGUUCGAUAACGGCCUCGACACAGCCGAGGAUGAAGCCCGGCUAGAUCAGUUAGCUGAGCAGAUCAAGACCAAGGAGGCAGAGCUCAUUGGCCAUCUUGCUGCCGCUGGGGUUGACGACUUGGAUUUCCUCAAGGAUCCAAACGACUCUAUCGCGGCCCCUGAUUCCCCAGCAGCACCAGUUGUGUUCGCUACACAACCAUCUCUCAAGGCUCUAUCCAAAGAAAAGGCCAACACCAUCCCGGAAUACCAUUCACAAUCACAGGUUAUCGCCCAAACACAGCUUCCACCCGCCGAAUCCCAUACCAGCACGGUGAGCACUCCCACAGUUAGAUCUGUAACGUUCCAUACAGUAUCCGGCGUUCCUCGGCCCAUCGCCUCAGAGACCCUGCGCAGAGUACGCCCAGACAUUGCAGCAGGUAACUCAUAUAGAGAGACAUCCGAAGAUAGCCUGUUUAUCGAUAACAACAGCUAUGCCCCGGUGACAUUGGACGACUCUCUUGCUCUUUCCCAAUCGAAAACACCAAUGUCACGAUCGAAAGGCCCAGCCAAAGCGGGAGGCAUUCGUGACUAUUUCGAGGACAUCAGCGAUGAUGAUGAGGCGAUGCUCGCUGCUGUGAACCAUCUUGAACAGCGGACGUCCACGGCCGCUCUGAGCCGUGACGGACAUCGGGUGCGGUCAGCUUUGUCCGAGGCGUCUGGUAAUGCCGGACCCCCUCGGAGAACUAGACCUGCGGCAAAGAAUGUUCCGUCGUUGCAGCCCAAGGCCUCGUGGCCUGCCGAUCAAAUGAAGUAUCCUUGGUCUCCAGAUGUCCGCCGGGCACUGAAAGAUCGUUUCAGGAUGACGGAGUUCCGGCCUAACCAGCUCGAAGCCAUCAACGCUACCCUAGCCGGCAAGGAUGCGUUUGUGCUGAUGCCUACCGGAGGCGGCAAGUCUCUGUGCUAUCAACUCCCGGCCGUGAUAAACACUGGCAGGACGCGCGGCAUCACUAUUGUCAUCUCACCUCUUCUCAGUCUCAUGAAUGACCAAGUUGAGCACUUGGAGAAGCUCAACAUACGCGCAGCGUCCUUCAACUCUCAAUCGAACGUACCUGCUCGCAAUGCGGUACUAGAGGCUUUCAACGAAGACAAUCCGGAGUUUUUUCUCCAACUGCUCUACGUGACGCCCGAAAUGGUUGUCAAGAGCGUGCCUUUCCAGGAAGGCCUCAAGAAGCUGCACCGGAAAAAGAAACUUGCCCGCAUUGUGAUUGACGAGGCCCAUUGUGUGAGCCAUUGGGGUCAUGAUUUUCGCCCGGACUACCAGCAAAUCGGCAAGCUCAGACAAAGAUUCCCCGGCGUGCCCGUGAUGGCGCUAACGGCUACGGCCACCGGGAACGUGAUUGCCGACGUUAAGCACAAUCUCGACAUGGACGAUUGCGAGGUGUUUUCACAGAGCUUCGAUCGGCCCAACCUGUACUAUGAAGUCGUCAAGAGGCCCGCGACAUUUGUUGCGGGCAUGGCGGAGCUGAUCAAGACCAAGUAUCCCGGACAAAGCGGGAUUAUCUACACGCUCUCACGGAAAUCCGCAGAAGCCACUGCAGAGUCGCUCGUAAAAAAACACGACAUCAAAGCCUGCCACUACCAUGCACAGGUCGAUGUGGAAACCAGAGCGAAGGUUCAGAGGCAGUGGCAGCGUGGCGAGAUCCAGGUCGUCGUUGCCACAAUUGCCUUUGGCAUGGGAAUCGAUAAGCCAAAUGUGCGUUUUGUCAUUCACCAGCACAUGCCCAAAAACUUGGAGGGCUACUAUCAGGAAACUGGACGGGCAGGCCGGGACGGAGAGCCUGCAGGCUGCUACCUCUAUUACGCCUACACCGAUCUCUCGAGCUUGAGGCGAAUGAUCAACGAGGAUCGUGAAUACGCCAAGGUCCCGGAACAGAAGGAACGGCUCCAUGCUCUCCUCAACCAAAUGGUGUCAUAUUGCGAACGGCGAGAAUGCCGCCGAGUACAGCUCCUCCGAUACUUUGGUGAAAAUAUUGAUGCAUCGCAGUGCAACAAAAACUGUGACAAUUGCAAGAACGGUGAAAGGAAUUCCGAGGUCGAAGUGCAAGAUUUCACCGACACCGCCAAGGCUAUCCUCAUAGCGGUCAGGUCAACACAACCGGUUACACUUGGGAAGUUGGUGGAGAUCCUGACCGGUAGAAACCGUUCCAAAUACGAAGGUGCUGAAGGGUUUGGACUUUGUAAGGGCAUGAAGAACUAUGAAAUUCAGCGCAUUGCUAUGGCCUUGCAUGGAGAGGGGGCCCUUCGAGAUCAAUACGUGGUGGACAAAGGCAAAGUGCCUCUUACAGAAUUCUGGACCGGUCCACUGGCCAGACAGUACCUUGAAGGAAGGCGCCGACUGCGGUUAGAGGUGCCAAAGGGUGGUCGGGCGCCGAACCAGGUCAAGAACAAUGGCCGACUCGCCGCCACGGAUGACGAGGGUUCGGACUCCUACUCAGCACCAAGUCGGAAGGCCCCCCCGUCCACAAAUGUCUCGUCCCCAGUCGCUGCUCUGUCCAAAAAGCGGAAACACAAAUCUGCACACUCGACAUUUGUGGACGAGGAUGAUGAAGACGCCGACCAUGGUUCUGACCGUGAGCUGCAUGGAAACGGCUAUGAGAAGGACGACUUUGUGGUGUCCGACGAAGAGGAGAAGGAGGAGGAGGAUGCGUUCGAGCCAGCCCCAUCUCACCGUCGCCCGCAACCAUCUCGCCAGCGUCAACAGACGCUGGAUGAACUCGGUCCCCCGAUUUCCCGUGACAAUCGCCUAGACGAAGCCGGUUUAGAUGAAGUCCAUCAAGAUAUCGUCCGGGCAUUUGUCGAGGAGGCCACUGAACUUGGAGAAGCGGUGCGUAACCGGUAUAAUCUGCGCCGGGCGCUAUUUACCGAGCAGCAGUACCGCGAGAUGGCGAUCCGCUGGACGACGAGCGUUCCUAAAAUGUACACCAUCCGCGGCAUCGACAGGACCAAGGUCGAUCUUUACGGCGCCGAGUUUGCUUCACUGGUUCGGAGAUUCAACUCCCAGUACCUCGAAAUGAUGGGAAAGAUCGACUACUCCGCGGCAGUGAUGGUGACGAACAAGAAGCGUGAGGUCAUCGACCUCACUAGCGAUGAUGAAGACGAGCUGCCAAGAAACCGUGGCCGACGUGGUACGGAAGGGUUGAGGGCUGCGCAGGACGAGGGGGAGGAAGAGGAUGAGGAUAUGGAAGAAGACGAGGAAGAGGAGGAAGAAGAACUCGAGUUCUCCAGGUACUUUGGCGACGAGACGACUAAAGCGCCUUCUCCGACCGAGUCCGAAGCCAGCCAUGUGCGGGAGUGGCACAGGCGAUACAAGGAACUUAGCAGGCCGUCUCCCAGAAAAUCGGCGGCAUCCUCGCGAGCUGCACAGACCGCUAAGACCAAGGCUAUGCCGAAAUAUUCCGGUUGGAAAGGCAGCAAAAAGUCAAAUUAUAGCAAAGCCAAGGGUGCCGGAAGUGGUGCUGCGCGAGGCGGUUCAUCCUUUGGACGCGGAGGCUCUUCAGCUGGCGUCUCCAAGCGCUCCGGGUCCUUUGGCAGUCGGCAGAAUGGGGGUAGCACUUCAGCGCCCAGCAGACCGCGGAGCAAGACUGGCUCGAAGAGACAUUCUUCGGGCAGUGGCAUCCCUCUGAUGCCUCAUUGA